UAUUAUUAUUUUUUUUAUGAUUAUUUAACUUCCUUUUAUGUAAAGCACUUUGAAUUACCAUUGUGUAUGAAAUGUGCUAUAUAAAUAAACUUGCCUGGCCUUGCCUUGCCUAAUUAUUUUGAAACCGGGAAAAACCUCCUUUAAAUAUGCAUAGUCUGAGACCAAACUGUAUAUACUGUAAACAUUAUUAAUUAGACCCGUUUUCAUAUUAAUCAUGUCCUAUGCAAAAUGUUGCUAUAAUAAUCGAUCACAGUGACUUGCAUCUGCUCGCUUUCUGAUUGGAGGACAAUACUGCGUACGGAGGAGAAGGCGUGCCCUCUGCGAAAUCCGAAAAUGUGAUUGGACCGCCGUUAGUCCCGCCUCCAUCGGUGUGUAAUGCAGCAGCAGGGAUGGACGCGCUGGUGAACCGCUCCACUGCGUCGCGUUCGGUUCUGCGUUCAUAACUGUUAACGUACGGGAUCCUCUUUGCGCGUUUGGUUAAAACAGACGCAGUUCAUCGUUUGUUUACAUCAUAGGAUCUCAAGCCAGCAGGAUGGCAUGCGGCGGCGGCAGGGGCUGCGUGGCACUCCGCGGCGCUCAGAUCCGGGACCUGCUGGACGCCAAACACAACGUGCUGUUCGACUGCGACGGCGUCAUCUGGAACGGAGAAACGGCCGUUACCGGAGCUCCGGAGGUGGUCAGUCUGCUCAAGCAGCGCGGCAAACGCGUGUUCUUCGUCACCAACAACUGCACCAGGCCGCGGGAGAACUACGUGCAGAAGUUCAGCCGCCUCGGCUUCGCGGACGUCGCGGAGGAGGAGAUCUUCAGCUCGGCGUACUGCUCCGCCGCGUACCUGCGCGACGUGGCGCGGCUGCGGGGGAAGGUGUACGUGAUCGGCUGCGGCGGGGUGAUGAAGGAGCUGCGGGACGCCGGGGUGCCGGUGGCGGAGGAGGAGGACGCGGAGCCGGGCGCCAGCAUCUACACCUGCCCGCUGGACCCGGAUGUGAAGGCGGUGCUGGUGGGGUACGACGAGAACUUCACCUUCAUGAAGCUCGCCAAAGCCUGCUGCUACCUGAGGAACUCUGAGUGCCUGUUCCUGGCCACUGACCCGGACCCCUGGCACCCGCUGAGAGGAGGCAGGGUCACCCCGGGGUCCGGCAGCCUCACGGCCGCUCUGGAGACGGCCAGCAGCAGGAAGGCCACGGUCAUCGGGAAGCCCAGCUGCUUCAUGUUCGACUGCAUCGCCAGCCAGUUCGGCGUGGACCCGGCGCACUCGCUGAUGAUCGGAGACCGGCUGGAGACGGACGUUCUGUUCGGCAGCAACUGCGGCCUGACCACGGUGCUGACGCUGACGGGCGUCUCCACGCUGCAGGAGGCGCUCGCGUACAGAGACAGCCAGGAGCCGCAGCAGAAGAACUGCGCGCCCGAUUACGUGAUGGAGUCUGUGGCCGAUUUCCUGCAGGCGCUGGAGGACUGACUACACUGUUCCUUAACCGGACGCUCUGCUGACGUCUGAAGAAAUGACCACACAAUUCCACUUAAACACAUGCUACUUAAAUAUAUGUGACCCUGGACCACAAAACCAGUCAUAAGGGUCAAUUUUUUAAAAUUGAGAUUUAUACAUCACGUGAAAGCUGGAUAAAUAAGCUUGUUAGGAUCGGACAAUAUUUGGAUGAGAUACAACUAUUUUAAAAUCUGGAAUUUGAGGGUGCAAAAAAUCGAAAUAUUGAGAAAAUCGCCUUUAAAGUUGUCCAAAUGAAGUUCUUAGUAAUGCAUAUUACUAAUCAAAAAUGACGUUUUGAUGCAUUUACAGUAGGAAAUUUGUAAAAUAUCUUCAUGGAACAUGAUCUUUACUUGAUGUCCUAAUGAUUUUUAGCAUAAAAGUAAAAUGGAUAAUUUUGACCCAUACAAUGUAUUGUUGGAUAUUGCUACAAAUAUACCUGUGCUACUUAUGACUGCUUUUGUGCUCCAGGGUCAAAAAUGCCUCCCAUUUUAUUUCAUUUUCCUGAAAGGUAAGAAUAUAUAAAGGGGUUUCAUUUUUAUUUAAUUCAUUUUUCAUUUUAAAGUUUAUUUAAUUUUUUAUUUUCUAUUUGGUGUUAUUAUUUUUGCUGUUAAAGUAUUUGAGAACUCAAAAAUGUUCAUGAAUUCAUUAUUUUAUAUUUUCAUAAUUUUUAAAGAAGAUAUAAAAUAAAAUAUUAAGAAAAUAAUGAAUGAAAAAAUGAAAUCCUCUUCAAUAUAAUUACCUUUCAAUAAUAAAAUAACACACUAAAAUAAAAU